GUAGAUCCUCUCUCUUUCGAUUUCAUUUCCCGGAAGGAUUCUUAAUAUUGCAGCGAUUCGCAAAAGAAAGACAAACUCUGCUGUGCAAGACUACGACUUUACGCGACACCAAAUGCUAUAGUUGGUGUAUAUAUCGAUCAGCUAUUGACACAGUAAUCAGGUAUUAAUAUUGUAGCGAAUAUUUAGUAGAGUUUGUCAAGUCUUGAAAGCUACAGAACAUGAGUGACGCCUCCUCGCCGCCACCAUUGAUAAAGCUUCAACAGAGCUGUAAUGGGAACAAACCCCCAGUUUACUCUCCGAUUAUGCACGACCCUCAUAAUGAACCUCCAUACGGGUAUGAGACAGUGCCUGAUGAACUCUGCAAGCUACCUGGAAGACUACGGAUCAAUCCAUCUUUGUGGGAUAAGGAGGACGUGAAUCUCUGGCUGCGCUGGGCUCAGAGGGAAUAUUCUCUGCGACGUGCGGACCACCAAAAAUUUGAGAUGAACGGAAAGGCACUUUGUCUUCUCACCAAAGAGGACUUCCGUCUUCGCUGUCCCAGCUCUGGUGAUGUUCUGUAUGAACUCCUUCAACAUGUGAAGCAGCAGAGGAGAUCCAGCUCCAACACACAGUCUCAACAGAUGCCCGUCUCACACGGGACAACAGGUCCUAAUGUUCCCUCUAACAGAAGUGUUCCUGUUUGUCCCGCGAAUCCAAAUUCCUGGGUGUUAACAUCUAGAUGCAACACAGAUCAGAGCCAGGAGAGGAAACCUUUGUCUGCUGACCCUGAGCAUUCACAUGGCAUGCACAGAGAGCUUUCUCAUCAUUCUCCUGAGGAAAAAAAUCAACAGAUGUCUCCAGACAAAACCAGACCGCCUUUAAAUAUUUACUCUAGAGAUGAGCCUAUCAACCUGUCCAAUAAACCUACAGGACCUGCAAACACCACACAGACCUCUGAGGCUAAUGGAAAGAUUGCAGACUGCAAACUCUUAUGGGACUAUGUGUACCAGCUGCUGUCGGACAGCAGGUAUGAGGCCUUUAUACGCUGGGAGGAUCCGGAUGCCAUGAUCUUCAGAGUGGUGGAUUCCAACGGACUGGCACGACUCUGGGGCAACCACAAGAACAGGGCCAAUAUGACCUAUGAGAAAAUGUCCAGAGCAUUACGCCAUUACUACAAGCUCAACAUUAUCAAGAAAGAGGCAGGCCAGAGGCUGCUCUUCCGGUUUCUGAAGACCCCUGAGGAAAUCAUGCAAAGCAGGUCAGACCGUGCAGAACCGUCAGGGUCUCCUGAUAUUCCUGCGUCUCCAGACUACAGAGAAGACGCUCUGGAAGUAUCACCUGUAUCGACUCCUACUACCAUGAGCCCCAGCUCUGAACACAACUUCAGCAUAUCACCAACCCCAUAACAUUCACUGCCACAUUCUGAUCCAUGUUCAGCUUGUCAGCAGAAUCAGACUUUUAGAACGUCCAAUGCAGCUCAAUGUGAAAACCAGAGGUUCCACAGGACUCAGUAAUAUUUUAGGAGCCACACCACAUGAUUUUGACUCAGGGUAAUGUAGUAGUGUGCAGUUGUUUGCUGUCAGUAAGUGUUAAAAAGUGAUUUGACACUAAUUUUUCAACACAACAAUAACUGAUCCUCAUAGUUGAUCCUCAUAGUUGAUGAUUGGAGUUGAUAUUAAAUUUUCUCUCAGGAUGUAAAACUGUGCAAUGUUAUUUUUACAUAUUUGUGAACUGUACUGCAUUAUACUAUGCUAUAUAACAGCAUUACAUUGUUGAUUUUUACCAUUAAUCGAAUAUUAUUAAUCUACAGAAUGAAAUCUGUGAAUUCAUUAAUCAGCUAUUAACUGUAUAAAGGGUGUUGACAAAUAAGAUGCUCAUAAACUUUUUUUUAGGCUAAAAUGUAUGCAUUUUGUAUUUGAUUAAAUUUUAUUAUAUUUUACCAUUUA